ACGAAAUUCAGUUUCAAUUUUUGUUGUUGUGCUGCAUUUUGCUUUAGGAAAGUGUUCAAUUUGCAUGCUUUUUCGUUUUAAUUACGCAAUUAUCGAGUUUACAAAAGUGAUUAGCAAUGGAGUGAUGUUUUGUGAGUGAAGAUUAUCAACAUAACAAUGAAUAUCGGCCGACUGAAGCUGAAACCCAAAGGGAGCUCCGCGAGCAAAAACGGAAGCUCCCUUUCACAGGCAGAGGUGUCAUCAGGUUUGUCGCCACUUUCGAGUCCUCUGAACCGUGGCUCCAGCAAGUCGUCAACCUCACUUGCUGGUACAGCUGGUCGUUCCGAACCGUCGGUGCGGUUCAAGUUAGAGGACGAAAUUAUCGGCAGCCUUAGUGCUAGUAGUGCCAGUACCAGCGGCAGCAACAAUGAAGACAGCCUAGAGAUUAUGGAAGAAAUAGAAACACAGGACGAUGGAAGCAAACAGGACGACGACGUUACCAGUAGCAUAUCGGAAAACGUUCCUUUGAAUGUUGGCACCGUUGAUGUUGUUUCUCAACAGUCUUCUAGCAAACAGCAAGUGGCUAUCGAGAGGAAAAGGCAACUGUUUGAUAUUGACGAUGAACCGUUCCCGGGUGGCUCAAAUGACGGAAAAUUCGACAUUGAUGAAUUACAACUAUCAGGUGAUGACAUUGCUCAUCAUUUCCAACCGUUAAGUGAUGGUGACGAUUUGAAGGUGGAUGAUUUCAACGUAAAUAUCGCUAGUAAACGAAAGUUAUUGCAGCAAACUCAUGACGUUGAUUCAUUGGAGCAGAUUUUAAAUGAUAUUGAGUUAGAACAAGUGCAUGAAAGUUCCAAUGUGGGUAAAAGUGAUUUAGUGCAGAAAGUGUCCGACGCAAAGUUAAGUUCCGUAAGCCAAAAUGUUUACGAAUCAAAGAAAGAAUUAUCGCCUCUAAAUGAAGAUGUAGUGUUGAUCAAUAAUAGUAAAGUGAGUCUAAAAUCGUUGAAGAAGCUGCAUAAACAACCAAAUGUGCUUGAUAACAGUGAUAAUAGUUACAGUACGACCAAUGAUAUUUCGGAGUUGGCUCGUGAUACAGAAAGUGAUCGCAUGAUGAGUGAUAACAACGAUCGAAGCACACAAAGUGAAAUUGCUUCUAAACCAAUAUAUAGUGAUAAAGAAGCAUUUCUUAAAAUGGUAUCGCCAUUGAGAAGCAAAAGUGUAGAAUCCGCAGAGAAAAGCCAACAAGAAGAUAAGCCGUCAUUUGCAAGUCUAGGAGCAGUGAAAUUAUGCGAAGAAGAGCAGCAUGAUGCGAACGUGGAAGAAGAUAAUUCUAUCGAAGAAAUGUUAAUGUCAAAUCCUUCGGUUGAAGCAUCUGCCGGAGUUAACGAGAUGAAUUCGUCAGAGAUUCAUCAAUCAAAAGAACAAGGUGAAGAUUCAACCGACAGUAACGUUUCUGGCGAUUUAAAGGAUAAAAUACUAAGUUCUAGUAAAUCUUUCGAAGAGGUAAAAUCCCAGCACGAUUUAGACGUUCCGACCGACAAUCUUGAGGGAGAUAAACCUGUUGUUGUCAAGCAGAUGGAGAAAGUGAGCGACUUUAAGGAAGCUCUGGAAGAUAUUUCUGAAGAAUCAGAACAGACACUCACCAACUCAAACCAUUCGGGUAGCAGGCCGAAUACGGACGACGAACAAAAAAAACCUUUGAUUGUUAUAGAGAAGGGUAAGGAGAUGCGUAAGAUAUUAGAGGACAAAAUUCUUCAAAAGCAGCUAAACGUAGAAAGUACCAUCUAUGAAGAUAACAAAGAAAAUAUACCUGAUUCUUUGAGCUUAAACAAAACUUUUGAUUUCGACAGCGUUGUUAGUUUGAACAUGUUCCAGGCUAUGAACAACGAAAUCAAGCAACUGCAUGAUAUUAUUGCUACAAAGGAUAUUAUGUUGGAGGCCUAUUCUACGAGAGAUUCAUUAAAAGAUGCUCGGGUCGAUUCACUGAAGGAUCCACAUCGAUCUAGUGAUUCCAGUAGUUUAGCCACUAAUUCUACUGAAUAUAGGCCGUUAAACGACGAAACAGUUUCGAAAAAGGAGCUGCUCCAGAGAGUUGCUGAGCAAAAUCAGUGGAUUGUUACUCUUGCAGAAAAGCUGCAGGAAACCAACCAAGCACGGGACCAGGAGAGGGUAGAAGGCAUAAAACUGGCAGCGGAAGUCAACCGUCUCACGAAACAACUGGUUGAGAACGCUGAAACAAUUAAGCAGAAACCGCACUGGAUGCGUGAUCAGGAAAGUACAGGUCAGAGAAUAUCGGAAAUUUCCAUAGAUUUGGUAAGCGAAACCGAUGAUGCCUUGUCGGAUUUUCCUGACAUGUACGAAGAACGUUCCAACAGGAACUCCCGUGAACGACAGCUAGAUUUGAAUCUAGAUAUCGACUACUCCGAGCAAAACCCGCUCCACAUUCCCACCGCAAUCAGCAAGCAGUUAGAACAGUUUCGAAAAUAUCUAUCUCCAGAUGAACUGAGACUGUUCAAUAUGGUGCAAGCAAAAUUCGACGAUUAUUUGAAUCAAGAAUUGGACAAAAUCAAAGUAUCCACUGAAGAUGAAGUCAAAAUAAUCCAAGAACGGCUUGUGGCAGAGAAAAAUGAACAUGAAACAGAAGUGAGCCGACUACGACAACUGUUAUCUAACGUGAAAAGUGGAUCCGUGGAAAUUGAAGAUUUACGCUGUGAGCUCGAAGCUCGUCAUACCCAGGAGAUGGAUGAUCUGCGGACAUAUUUUCAGAAGAAGGUUGCCGAAUUUGAGAAGCAAUAUUCUGAAGAAGUGUUUUCGCACCAUAGUCGACGGCUAUCUAAUGAUACGGCUUCGGACAUUUCGGAUCAGGAAGAAUUUCCUGAGGAAAAUGGAGGCUACCAAUCGAAGCACACUAGCCCGAAACGAAAAGUGAAAGAAGAAAUCUAUCUCAGUCCGACGCAUAGAAAAAUAACUCCAACUACGAUCGAUACCACUGAGGGUAGUGCAGAUGAAGUGAUGGAAGUUAUCACGGAAGUUGAGAAGGAUUCCCAUCCAAAUGUUGACAAUCUACGAGACCUCUAUCAUAGCAAAAUCAAGGACCUCAAACGGCAGCAAGAACAGGACUUAAAUGAGUUACGAAACAGGCUGAAGCAUUUUGAGGAAAAACAAGCUGACGAAGAAUUUAUGCCUAACACUGAGGCCCCUCUCACGAGCAAAGACGCAUCCCAUACAAUAACUCACGCGGCGGCAGCAUCGCCGGCAAAGCCGGAAAGUAUCCCGCCCCAGAUUGGUGUUUUACUAACAGAAAAGAGCACCACCACAACCACUAAUACUACCACUGUGGAUAUUGGCACCGAGCCAAUCGACGAUCUGCACGAGAUAAUCGCCGACUACGAACGACGCCUGCAGGAACAGGUGGCUCUGGCUCGUCAAGAUGUCCUUCGAGAGCUAGAAGUACAGAUUCAGGCACUCUUGUCUGAUUCGACAACAGAAGAUAGUCACUGGCCACCUGAGCUUAUAUUACUUAGAGAGAAGUUGACUGCCAAAAGUCAACUGGAGAUAGCUCAACUUCAAAUUAAACAUGAGGAAGAAAUGGCUCGUGUAAAAGCAGAUUUUGAAAAGCAGUUGCAAUGGAAACUUAAGCGGCAAUCAACGUUCGAUUCUACCCGUGAUUUUGAUAAAAUAAUCAGUGAGCGAGAUAAUCUACGGGAGCUGUCCUCGACGUUGAGAAGCGUGCUGUGUGAGCUUGUAAGGUACGUGUCCAACUGUGAAGAUGACCUUAACAAUACGGUUAUCGACGAGCUGCAUAAGCAUGGAAUCAUUCCAAAUGGAGAAGAGGUACUAGAAAGUACCACUUUGGAUAUGAAUGUAUCGAAUAUGUCAACUUAUUCGACAAGAAAGUUCCUCAAAUUUACGCCGGAUGUUUCUGGUUUGAUUUCGAUAAUCGAAGACCCUUCUCUGUUGGAGUUUGUGUCCAAAGAUAGCGCUCCCAACGAAGCAGUAAACAGAUCUCUGAAUCUUGACGAGUGCUUAGAACGACUACGGUCUGAAGCAAUGCAUAUUUUGACACUGUCUGAGAAGAUAGCAAAGAAAUCGUUGACAAAAGAUGAAGAUCUGGAUAAAGUUUCUGAAAAGAGUGAUAGUUGCGAGGAAGAAGAUGGUCUUAAGAGAACAAGUAGUAAGAAAGAUGCCGUAGGUGCAAGAUCGUUCGACGAAAACCUGGUAAGGGAAAGCAGUGCGAUGGAGAAGAUUCAGAUCGACACCAGCAGCCUUCCAACAGAUUUGACAGCAUUGCAAUUCAGUGGUGAAUUAAACAUUCAAUUGCAUGAGCUUAGGAAUGAAAAACGACAGUUGGAGAUGAAAUUAGCCGACGCUUUAAGUAAACACAAUAGUUUGGUUGUCGAAUUGAAUGAAACCAAACAGCAUUUGCUAGAGCUGAAUAGCCAAAAAGUUGAAUUCAGUGAAGGGUAUGGAACGAAUGCACUGUUACCAUGUGAGCAAAAGCUAGGAAACACGUUUACCGAAUUGCAAGAGAGAGCUAAACAAAUCCUUGGAAAUACCUCUCCUGAUAACACCAUAGAUAAUAAUGUCAGUUUGCUGCAAUUGGUUGAGGAUUUCUGCCGCGAAGGUGAACGCUACAUGGAUGAUGGGAAGCGUGAAAAGUUAGACCUACAAUUACAGAUCGACGCUGCCGACAAACAACUUAAAGCCACGCGGCAGUUCCUGGAGGACCAAGCUGCCGAACGGGAACAGGAACGUGACGAGUUUGUUAAAGAAAUAGAAAGGCUCAAACAGCAGCUCCGAGAGAAAGACAAGGAUAAGGCUAUCUUCGAACACGUCACUAAAGAGGAAGGAUUUUUGUGUGACAGUUGUAGUUGUGGUAUCGAUAAUCGGGAGAUUAUUGAAAAACUGGAAACAGUGGAGCAGCAGUCGAAAGAACUGUCCGCUGAACUUGUGGCAAGAGAUGAAAAGAUUAGGAAACUGGAGAAUGAUCUCAAAGAUUCAAUCGACAAAGGUUUUACGCUUAGGGAGAUCAUUACGGAGCUAGAAACUCAGAACGAAAGCAAGGUUAUCGACCAACAGGUUCUGGUAACCAAGUUAAAGGAACUCGAAAUUUACAUCGACGCGCAGAAUCGACAGAAUGAAUCGCUCCACCAAGAGACCGACAUGGCAGUUCGAGGAUACGAUGACAAGAUCGCUAUGUUGGAAGAAGAACUACGUCAAUCGAAACCAAGCGUUGAGCAUAGUCUAGUGCUGGAAGCACUGACAGUGCAACUUCGCGACGUCGAGGAAACACUCGAAAGAAAAACCAAGAAUCUCGAAACGCUAAAUUCAAAUUCGGCAGCAUCUCUUGUGUGCAGCAGUCCUUCGGAGGAUAUUUCUGUGAAUCAAGACAGUCCAUUGCAUCGCAAGAAGUCCAACGAGAGUGGUUCAGUUCCUCUACUGCCGGUUGAUGAAGUGCAGCGAAUAUUCGAUAAACUUCACCGACAUACGCGCAUCGAAGAGGUCGCCAUAAAACGCAUCAAUGACCUAGAGAUGCAGAUCAGUAGCGUGCGCAACAGUUAUGCGGAACUACAGCAUGAGCGCGAUGUACUUCAAGAGAGAAUGUCAGAGCAAUCGCUCAAGAUUACCACGCUUCAAUCAAAGCUGGACGAGCAACGGUUGCGCGCUGAAGAACUCCAUCGUCAAGGUACAUCUCACCUGACGGUUAAGGUACAUGACCUGCAGAGCGAGGUGGUCAACUUGAAAGAAACCCUACAGACCCGAGAUAAGCAGAUAACAAGUUUGAAAAACUUUUUGGAAAACAGUCAGCAAGUCAUCGAACGUCAGGAGAAGGAAUUAGCCAUGAAUCAGGCUGACAACGAUCGAAGUCAGUAUGAGUUGAAACUGGAGGCAGAACUGCAAGCUAAAUGUGACGAAAUUCAACAGUUGAAAAACAAGAUUCAAAAUGAAAUGAUCAAUAAACUAGCACUGCCCGAUCUGAUGGAAACAAUGUUGGCCGAUAAGAAUGAGGAGAUCGAUCAAUUGAAAGAGAAGCUCAAUCAAUUAAAAGCCCAGAUGCAACAACCACAACAGCAACAACGAUCACCUCAUCAUCAAACCCCAGCGCAACUCAACCAUGGUAAAGAAGAUGACAACCAACGCACGCUGAGUGACAUCGUCUCGAUUACCGAUUGCGACGAAUCGGAUAUGGUUAUGCGACGCAUGCCCGAGCAGAACGAAGCGUUCUUGCCGGCACACAGCAUCCCGAUGGAAACUCCUUCUAACUUUUUCAACUCGAAGGAAUCUCAUCAAACCGCAUCGACUGCCCGCAGCUCUACAAACCCACCGCCCAGUAGCAGCAAAGUAUCACCUUUGCAGGCCGCACCAACCCUUUCGAAAGCAACACUUUUCCCGCUGGGUUUCGAGGGUGCAUUUUUGCAGGACUUUUCGGCCAUAUUCCCACGACCAACUCCGUCCACCGGUGCUAGUAGUAGUGGUACACCUGAAUUCGUCCCCAGACAUAUCAAUUUUUCCUUGAUGGAUGAAUCACGUUCCACGGAAGGCAGGGACCGUUUCCGUGAGCCAGCUUUCAUUGAGGAAAUUCAAGAUGAAGACGAGAAAGUACUUGCUCAGCUGCAAGCUGCUAGCGGGGGUACACGAUUGUCCGAUAUAUCGGAAAAUAUUAGCGAAGAAGACAAGGGUAAGCUGGAGAACGAGCUUGAAUCAUUAAAAUUGACAUUAGAUAGGAUUACUAACGAAAAGAACGAGGCUAUCGAGGGAAUGCAGGCUGAAGUUCAGGAAAAAAUUGACAAAAUAUCUGAUCUUCAGGUAGAGUUGGCUGCUAGAAAUAAGCUGUAUGAAGAUUUGCUGCAGGAGAAAAAAGAUCUACGAGAUGAAUUAGAAAAGGUAAAAGACGAGUUGAAUGAGCUUGAGCUGGAUGCAUGCAAAUUGCAGCAGAAAGAGAUGGAAUUGAAAGAAACGGUCGAAAACAUGGCACGUAAGGAGCAGGAAGUAAGUGAUUUGAAUAAUCUAUACACAAAACUUCGACAGGAAAUGGAACAGCAUACUAGAGAGUCAGAUUCGUUGAAAUCAGAACUAUCGAAGAGUCAACUUUUGAUUGAUACGCUAAGACAACAGGUUGAGUCUUUGAAUAAGACGAUCGGGCAUAAGGACGAGUUGAUGUCGAAGUUGGAAAAGGACAUUUUAAACUACAGUAAGAAUGAAGAGAAAUACCUUGAACAACUAUCAACAUUGGAUGCGAGAGAGACGGAAUUGAAAAUUCUGCAAGGUAACUACAAGGAUCGACUGCAAGAGCUUGAGAUUCUCAACGAAGACAAUCGAUACCUGAAUGAGGACAUAAAUCGGUUGAAGAAUGAAAUUGCAAAGAAUUCUUCGAAUCCGACCUCCAAUCCAUCCUAUGUGCAGUUCCUGAAGCAGAAUUGUGAAAAAUUCGAAGAAGAGCUUCAGGAAACCAAAGUAUUGCUAACGGAGAAAAUGUUGGCUCUUGAAAGGCUGAAAAUAGAUCUAACUGGUUGUCAGCGGGAAGCUGAAGAUUUGAAAACUCAGCUCAAAGAAAAAGAAAUGAUCAUCCAGCAGAUUGGAGAUGACGGGAACAGCCUACAUCAGGCUUUGUCCAAUAUUCAGAGUAAAAUGCAGGAGAAUAGCGUGAACUUGAAUACAAAAUUGCGAGAGGAGCAAGAUCACAACACUGCACUGCAGGCUGAGAUUGAUCGAUUGAAUAUACAACUACAAAGGAGUGAUAAUUCUUCUAGCCCAAAACCGUUCUCGGUUGAGGAGAUUGCCGAACAGUUGGAAAAGGAACUAAACUAUUCCGCACAGUUAGAUUCUAGCAUAAUGAAAGCUAUCGAAAGUGACGACGUGAACUCGGAAGACGAAGCAGAUAGGGAAAUCAAAAAGGCUCAAAAGGACCUAGCAGAUGCUGUAGCUCUGGAAGAACUGAAACAACAGCUGAAAACUGAAGUCAGUAGAAGCAAUAAAUUGAAGGAGAUGUUCGAAGCUGAAAAGCACAACAGCAAUGCAAUCCAGAUGCAAGAUGCAGAUAUAAUAGAAGCAAUGCGAUUGCGUUUGGAAGCAGCCAUUGACAACGAGGGUACGUUGCAAAAGUUGCUGACUGAAGAGAAAAGUAAAAACGAACGCCUCUCUACCUUGAUGGCAGGUGUACAGAGGACAAAAUCGUUCGAUAAUUAUUUGCUAAUGAAAAAUAAGUCGCCACAUGAGUCACCAUCCAGAAGACUCAACCGAAGCAACGAGUUCGAAUCGGAAAUGGUCACCAGAUUUGAAAGUGAAAUUAAGUUUUUGAAUGCCCAAAAUGAGAGGGAGCGUGAGAGAGCAGCUGAUUUACAACGAGUUCUAGAAAGAGAACGAAAUAGAUUCGAAAAGGAGAUAGCUGACAGAAGCGAGUAUGGAGAACAGGUAAAGAAGGAAUUAAUAAGAGUAACAAAGGAGAAGGAGCGGCUUGAGGUUGAGUUCGACCACGAGCAGGAAAAGUUGAUAUUAUCACACAAAGAGAUUGAGAGCCUAGAAAAACGUAUCAAUGCGUUACAGGAAGCUGAGUCGAUGCGUUCUUUGCGCAAGGACCGAACUUCGGGGCAGAAUUCCUUCGAAUUCCAAGAACUACGACUACGGUUGGAAAGUAUGGAACAAGAACGCGCCCAACUGCAUGAUACUAUUCGAAGUCUUAAGUUGGAAGUUGAGCGUCGAAGUCAAAGUGAAUCUAAGCUAGUGGAGGCGUUGAGCAAAGAGAAUUCAUUGAUGGAAGGUGGUCGGGGACCUGUACCAGAAGAAUUCCUUACAAAAUUGAAGGAUCUGAAUCGUAUGCUGGAAGCAAAUGCACGUGAAAAUCAUCAGCAAGCGGAAACAUUACGUUUGAUGGUCGAAGAGCGAAAAGCGUUACAGCAAAGGAUUCAAGAGCUGGAACGUUACAACAUUCACAGUAACCAUUACAAUCGAGAUGAUUUGGAAGAACGCGCAAACCAUCUUUUCGGCAAGUACCUGCGUUCUGAAAGUCACCGUAAAGCUUUGGUUCAUCAGAAACGGUAUCUUCAAAUUGUGCUAACAGCAUAUGAAGAAAACGAAGCGAAGGCUCUUCAAAUGCUCAGUGUCCAAAACGUACCUCUUAGCAUCCAAGGACUCUCACUCGCAGCAGGCUCUAAAGCAGAAGAAAAUCCUACCAAGCGAAGAUCUUUUCGCGCCGUUGUAACUGCCAUAAUUGCAAUCGAACGGAUGAAAUUCAUUGUUCGAAAAUGGCAAGGUGGACGACGGGUAUGUGCGAAGGCAAUCUUUUCACAGCAAUUUACUCCUCGAAGGUCACAGUCUGCUACCACAAAUGUAUGGGCACGGUCUCAAAAUUCGCACUUCGCCGAAUACAAUGCGUCCCCACCGUCUCGAGACCGAACAGCAUGUCAACCACCGUUGCAACAGGCGCAAACCUAUUCCGGCCACUAUCUCAGGCUUCCGGAAUCGCAACUUCUCAUGAAUGUCGAUCUCCGAGAACGGCUUGAAGAGCAGUACAAUAGAUCCAACCGGUAAUCGCUGUCAUAGUUUUAUCAUUCUAACCCGAAUUUUCAGUUGUAGCAUAAGUGAGCAAAAGUAUUAAUUUGAUGUUAUUUACUGAUUUUUCUCUUAGUUCUAGUCGUACUGUGACAGUCCUCUUCAAAAUACUUCAAAAGUAUGUUUUGCUCAUAUUUUAUAAUCGCACAAUCAGCUUAAACCAAAUAAUAGUAAAUAAAAAAAUAUAUUGUGAAUCGAUUGACGUUGAUCUCCCUCAUCUCAAGGCUCAGUCACUUGUUAGAUUACAAGCAAAAAUGAUGGUACAAAUCGAACGCGAUAGUGUGCCUUAGCUAUGUACCUAUGUUCUUUUCAUCAUAUCACAUUGUAUCAUAUAAUCAAUAAAUGAUUAAUAGCUCUAGCAACGGCACGUGAUUGUAGUAGUUGCCUCUACAAAUUGCUCAACGAAGAAGAGAUUGUAUAAUAAAGAAUUGAAUGAAAUGAGAUGAAGGUAUUGUUUGACGUAACAUACUUUCGAUUAUACUUUCCCCACAAUCAUUUGCUAUUUUCGUAGCUACCUACUUGCCAUUUUUUCCGCAUUAUGAGCCAUGUCAAUUUUUCACUUUGUUGUUUUUAGUUAAAGGAAAGGUUUUUGCGUUGCUCUUAUUAUUUUUUUUUCCUAUUUAAUCCUUAAGAUAGUUUACAUACAAUAUUUUUUUAUAUUAAAGAUUUUUGUAUUUCUAAUCCACGUGAAAGACACCUGAAUAUUAUUUUUAGAUUAUGCAUUCUCUAAUUUAUAGAGGACUGGUUAACGGCAAUGUUGUAAAUCUA